AUGGAUAUCUCUUACCCAGUAUUAGUUUCAGAUUUAAAGGUUCUUGUAGGAAAAUCUGUUAAUUUUUCACCGAAAAAUAUAAUUGUUAAAAAUAAAGAUAACAAAAAGAUUUCAAAUAAUACUAAAAUCGAAAAUGCCGAAAGUAGUAAUAAGUUAAUCUUUACAAUUCUAAAUAAAAGCGAUAAUUCAAAUAAUUCAACAGAAAAAGAACAAGAUUCUACAUCAAAAGAGGAAAAAGAAAGAUUUUUAAUGAAUUUAGGAAUGCCUAAGAAAGCAGCUCAGCAACUAUUACAAUCUACAAACUAUGAUUUAGAAAAAGCAACGCAAUUACGCAAAGCAAAAACACCAGCUAAAAGAGGAAGAAAGAAGAAAAUAGUUAAUUCAACAGAAAAACCACCGAAUGAAGAGCUUGAAAAAGUUGAUGUUCCAAGUUCAAAAGCUAAGAAUCAAAAAUCUCCGAAAAGCCCACAACAUUCACAGCAUCAAUCAGAAAAUGAAGAGACUAAAUCAGAUUCAACAAAUAAAUGGACUGAAGAGAAUAUAAUUCGAUUACUUACUUUAUGUUCCGAAAGAACAGAUUUAACAAAUAUUUCCGCCUGGCAUGAAAUAGCAGAUAACUUUCCCUUCUGUACUGCAGCUGAUUGCAUUCGAAUUUAUAUGGAUGUUUUAUCAAAACCUGAAUUAGUCAAUGAUCCCAAAUUCACUAACUUAACAGCCAACAAUAUCUUCAAAUCAGUAGAUUUUAAUACAAAAUUUACUCCAGAUUCCGUUGAAAAUUUCAAUUUGAUUUUAUUACUUCAAUAUCUAAACGAAACAGACUCAAAUAUGAAAUUCACACGUUUACAAUUUCCUAAAUACUCCGAAGGAUAUCUUUCUUAUUUGAUUUAUUGGCUUGCUACGGCUUUUGACCAAAAUUUAGUUCUUUGUUUAAAUCCACAAGCGGCAAGGCUCUUCGAAGGACGCCAAAAUGGAAUUCCUCUGGAAAAAAUCCAAGCAGAAUAUUUCAAUAGCUUUACUUUGGAAGAUGUUGAAAAAAUUUCGGAAAAAUUAUUUGACCCAGAAUCAUUACCGCGCUUUGUAAAUGCGUCAAAAGAAUUUUACGAGUUUUACAAAGAAUACGAGCCAUGUUCAACCAACACUUACUCGGUAAAAAAUUAUUUGAUUCCAGAAUACAUUCCUUAUCUCAUUGAAGACUAUAAAAUACACAAGAAACAACAGAAGAAGUCAUACGCACCUAGCUUUUCUUGGAAUUACAAGCUUGAACAAAAAUUUCUUUACACUCUUUCGAAAUGUUAUCCAAACAACAAUAUGUUCAAAAUUUUUGGCAGUGAGUAUGGUAUAUUAACUGAAAUGUGCUUUAAACAACACUUUGAAUUCAUUAAAUCCGGAUUUUCAGAAAAUCAUUUCAAGUAUCUCACAAUUCCACCGAAUUUGAGCAAACACUUCAAUGUUAAAUUCAAGGUCAUUAAAAAUGAGAUCAAAAUGAAGAGUAUUUUCGGAGAUUUUUAUCGAUUAAUCAACGAUGAAAACGUUUGGGAUGAAUUAUCAUCAAUUUACACAGAUUUUGAUCGAUUUACAAUAAGGUGCAACAUAUUAAGAGCCAUAGAAAGCAUUUUGAACGUAAAUAAUAAUCAUGAUUACGAUGUCCGCAAGCUUGAAGAGUUUUAUGAUAAAAAUCCUUAUAUAGAUAAGCGAUUAUACCGUCUCUAUAUCCAUUUGAAUCUGGAUAUUCAUGAAUUGGGGAGAAUGAAUCAUAAAACACUUAAUUCAUUAUUGAAUUGGCUUGAUUGCAGACUUUAUGGUAUUAGCGCACAAUUACCAGUAGGAAUUUCGAUUGAAUCAGCUAAAAUCCUUUCAAAUUAUUACGGAAAUGAAAAAAAUUGUACUCAUUUAUGGGAAGAUUUCAUUUCUGCAAUCAGUUCCAUAGAUUCUGGUUCUAGUAUCCUUGAAAUGCUUGUUAAUUUGCUUCCUAACUACUCAAGAGAUGUAGUUACCAAAGCAUAUCUAGUUUUCCUUGAAGAUUUUAAACAAGACAGGAUCAAAUCCACAGUUUUACAGCCACAUACAUACUUUGUACUCAACAGUGAGAUCAAAAUGUUAAAUACUCGAGCUAAAUUAAUCUCAGACAUCCCACAUUUCAUUGAAAAUCCAAAUAAAAGCUCUGGAAGUACACCAGUCAGGUAUACUAAUUCUAAUGGAACUCCAAGUUCGCAGCCAGUUUUUGCUGUUCCUUAUCCAAUGAUUGAUACAAGUAAAAUGGGUCAAAAAUAUCCUCAAAGUCCAAACUUCAGCCAGACGCCAAUGGCAAACCAGCCAAAGAACAUCCCAAGGUUUGACAUAGAGAAAUACUUGAGAGAUGUUGUAAAUAAGAAGAUAGCUCAGGCACAAAAAGAAAAUGAAACUGUUAAAAAAGAAGAAAAUAGUACCGAACAAAAUCCUCCUCAAUGA